ACACAGUCGAAAGUUGUGAGCAACGAACACCACCGUCGUCAGACCUCAAGACUCCCUCAAGCACCUCAAAUCACAAUAUGGCUAGAGGACCCAAAAAGCAUCUCAAGCGUCUCGCCGCACCCUCGUCAUGGAUGCUCGACAAAUUGAGUGGAACCUAUGCCCCUCGUCCCUCUCCUGGUCCUCACAAGCUCCGCGAAUCUCUCCCCCUCACUGUUUUCCUCCGCAAUCGACUAAAGUACGCCUUGACUGGCCGUGAGGUCACCUCCAUCGUCAAGCAGCGCUUGAUCAAAAUUGACGGAAAGGUCCGAACUGAUCCUACUUACCCUGCUGGCUUUAUGGAUGUUGUCUCGAUCGAGAAGUCUGGCGAGCACUUCCGUCUGCUCUACGACGUCAAGGGCCGUUUCACUAUCCACCGUAUCACCCCCGAGGAGGCUACAUAUAAGCUUCUCAAAGUUCGCAAGGUCGCCCUGGGUGCUCGUGGCGUCCCCCACAUCGUUACCCACGAUGGUCGCACCAUUCGAUACCCUGACCCUUCCAUCAAGGUCAACGACACCGUCAAAUUCGACCUCGUGCAGAACAAGAUAACCGACUUCGUUAGGUUUGAUACCGGCAACAUUGUUAUGGUCACCGGAGGUCGUAAUAUGGGAAGGUCUGGUAUCAUCGUGCAUCGUGAGAAACACAUUGGGGACUUCGACAUUGUUCACGUCAAAGACUCUCUUGACCGAACAUUCGCUACCCGUCUUUCAAACAUCUUUGUUGUCGGUGAGGGUAUCAGACCAUGGAUAUCCUUGCCUAAAGGCAAGGGUACCAAGCUUACCAUUUCGGAGGAGAGAGAUCUGAGGAGAAAAAGAACGACCGAGCAGCAGUAAUCUCCUUGUGUUGCGUACCAUCUUUUUCUACAUGUAUCCAUGCGUAUGACUGUAUGGCCGCUUCAUUACUUCAUCACAAUCCAUGGGAUAGGGAUACCAGAUUGGCGGUUUAUACUUAUAAAGCUAAAGGUAUCUCAGUAAAUCCUUCAAAACGAGAAGAUCUUAAAACUAUCACUGUUCUCAUCAGACCAUUCAAUAUUUAUAAGUGUUGAACUACCAAUAAUCGGUAUGCCGAUUGGGGACAGUGUAAUUGUUGCCUUGUUGUUUCCGUUCCGCUUCCCAUUUACUCAUCCAGCAAGUCAUUUUUACUCUCGAGGUUUCGCUCCCCACAUUUACAGUAGCGAUCAUCUUGGUCCACUCGAAUGACAGCGCGAAACAUGUCAGUUCAGAGAAGGACGAGUGUUCCGAAUAAGGAACGGGAUACACCUGAAACUUCGAUGUCGAGUUGCGCGAGGGAUGGAGGUCAACAUAUGUGUAGUUGUUAUGCUGAACGCGCGCAAUCACGGACCGCACAGUGGGGGCUUGUUCACCAGCAGGUGGGGAGUACCUGAUAGAAUUCAAGACUCACUGCGGGCAAACAAAGUAUGGGUUCCAAUUUAUCAGACGAGAUGAAGCCCAGCGG